AUGGACUGCAUUUUAUCCAAAGCGCUUUAUAAUUGAUGCCUCUCAUUCACCAGAGCAGUUAGGGGUUAGGUGUCUUGCUCAGAGACACUUCGACACGCCCAGGGCAGGGAUCGAACCGGCAACCCUCCGACUGCCCGACUCUUACCUCCUGAGCUAUGUCACCUAUUUCAAGGCCGCUCCAUUCACACCAGCGAAUGGAGGAAAGUCUAAUUGAAUAAUUAGCAAAUACAAUUACAAUAUCCAACAGGUCUGAAAAACUCAAAGUGAGUGCAGGCUAUUAGAAUAUUACAGUAUUAGAGUUCCCUGGCCUGCACGUCUUAAAAAUGAAAAAAUUCUUCAUCUUCUUGUAACCUGAACCAAAAGUAAUCAUGUUUGGUAUGGGUAUAUUUUAACACUCACAACGAAGGUUGGGGUACAAAGUAUAUCCACCUUUCUUGCAUUGCUAAAUAAUUAUCCAACUAGAUCAAAAUUGAAUAAAUAUUUACCAAAGUUCUCCAGAGAUGCUGCAGACGAGGUGCCCUAUGUGCAGACCUCUAGAUCUGCAUUUGUAAGCUGUGCUAAUCCUGCAGCGAUGCCCCAUGCAGCUACUACUUCGCUUGCAGUGGACUGCCUCAAAGUGACUGUAAGUCUACCCAUUUAAAGAAAAGGACUUGUAAGAGCCACUUGAUAGCCUUGCUGUUUUUCAUUAGGAUGUCUCAAACAUCUCAAACCUGUGAAGGAACCUGCCAGCUGUGAAGGUGGCCAUCGAGAAAGAUCCUGUGGCAUGGGGCCUGCACACAGUCUGUGCCACAUACAGAUUUGUUGCUGUGUUCCACCUCAAAGCGGAUAUCCUUUUCCGUCUCAGUCGAUUGUACAAACUGUUCUGAAGAAAGGGCGUCAACUUCCUAAUGAUCAAACGAUACGCACGUUGCUCUCGCAUGGGUUGCUGAAGUAAUUUCCUAGACUUAAAAUAAACCUGCUCUGUUUUUAUGUAUUUUAUGUCCCUGUUACCAUGGAGACCAUCAGCCACGCUAAAGAGGUUCCAAGUUCCUUACCAUUACCAAUGCACAAGGUGACAGUGUUAACCUGAAACAAGUUGCACAUUCCACUGAUUUAAAAAAACUAUGAAACAGAAACAAAAUUCGCAAUCACAGACAAGCGCCCUUUCCAGAGAAUGUAGUCAGCAGAAGCUGAUCUAGAGAAAGACCAGAAAGAGAUGAAAAAGAUUAGCAAAAUCGGUCUGGUGGACUCAAAACGUGUGGCUCUCACAUUGCCCAUAAUUUUGAUGGUUCCAGUCAAACCAGAAUGAUGGAGCCUUGUCUUAUGCCCCACUGACCCUUUUGACUGACUGAGUACUUGAAAGUUCAUCUGUUAAGCUGCAUAUUUCUCUGUGAGAAAAUUAGUGACACCAAUGAAAAGAAGACUGGAUGAAGAACAUUCAAUAUAGAGGCAUGUUAUUAUUCUUGUUUAUGAUUAAUUACAAUUCACUUUUACCUACGAUAAGCUGAUGGGCUGUUGAAUACAAUUCAUUUAGACAACAAUCCUCUGUCAGGCCUUCCAGUGAGUACAAUGAAUCUUAAGUAUUAGUAGUUACACUUAUCCAAACUUUUAUUAUAUGAAAUUCAUGAAUUGUCACUACAGAGGAAUGCACACCUGAAGGAUGCACUAGUCUUCCUAGCGUGGACAAACUGCAAUGGGCCAGAGCACUUCCUUCUAUGUGUCAGUAAUAAGCAGAGAAAUUACAUUUGAAAUCACUGCAGAUAGCUAUGAAAUCUUGGUUAAUAAUUAUAUUGUUUAUGCUUCUUUCUGCAUUACCCAUUAUAGGUGUUGAAGCCAGCCAAGAGAGAGAUUCUCUUGCUGGACUCUCAGUUUGCCCUCUGGCCUUCAGGUUUUGGUGAUGCGGAGUACAGAGCCAUCUUUAGGUCCCUACGUAAUAAAUAAUUCAGGCCACGGCUCUAUUCUGGCCACCUCUCAUUCUGACCGUAUUUCUGUUCUGGCCACAUUCCUGUUCUGACCGUGUUCUUGUUCUGAACAUGUUCCUGUUCUGGCCAUGUUCCUGUUCUGGCCAUGUUCCCACUAUAUCUUUUGAGAUUUGCUAUUGAUGUCGUUCAUAUGUUUUGCUAAGUUCCCAUGGCCUGCUCAUUUGAUCAGUUACUGACCGUGUUCAUAAGUUUGAGUUUAUAGUAGGCAUUGUGAGUUUUAUUUUUGACAGGACUGAUUUUAUUUAUUGCAGGGACAUUGCUCUGCAUUAUUCCUGGAUGCUGAAGUGAGAGGACUGGAAGGGACAUGCAGGUAUAAUACAAUUUCUUCUCCAUGUAAUAGCAGUGUCUUGUAAUAACGUCUAAAAAUAUGACUUUACAUGACGUAAAAUGUGUGUUAUCAGGAUAUCCCACAACAGACAUCCAGGAAUGACUGGCAUUUUCAUGCUCAUGGUAAUUUGAGUUUUAGGUAAAUACUGGAUAUGUGCCCAGAACAAAAUUGAAGGAAAUAUAUAAAAUCUGGAAAAUAUAUAUGUGGUGUGGGGAUAGCUGGUUUAAGCAGCCACACCUGCCCUGGGUCAAGCUGCUUAGACCUGGCUAGUUAGAUAAUUGGUUAGGAAUUAGAUAAUUGGCCAGGCUAAUUGGACCCCGGGAACAGGGGUGGCUGCACCUGUGCGUAGUGAGGCAAUCAGUGCGCACAGGUUAAAUCUGCCAUCCCCACCCACACAAAGGAGAGCCUCUGUCAUGACAGUUUUUAGCAUCUGCUCAGUUGGCUGUAACAUCUUGCCACCCUCGUAAAUAAACGUGGUCUGUUUGAACAUCAUCAUCUCCCUGUGUCUCUGUGCUGGAGGGCCCCUUGGAAAGCCACUUUGGUGGCCUGUGGCAGGCUUGUUUGCCACUAUAUAUAUAUAUAUUUUUUUCAGUAUGCCCUCUGCAUGUGUAUGGAUGUUCCAUUCCACUUCAGUAUGGUCAGUAUUUGAACAUCUACAGAAUCAAAAUGACAUAAAUAUGUUACCAUGUGAAACUAGUGUAAUCCUUUUUGCUGUAUCUGCUGUAGCUGGACAUGCAUUCAAUCCGGUGGUGUGUCCUCCUUAUGGAGCGCUUUUGGAUAGACGGGUAUGACAGCUACAAGAAAUACAUGAUUGAUUGCUUUUCUUUAAUAUUUACAGAGACUGGAAAAUGUGCUAACAUUUUUCAUCAUUUUCAUUAAAGCCACAGCCAGAGGUUUGCUUUCUGGACAGAUGAGGCGAGUUGUCUGUUACAGGACAUUCUUCAGCCGGUGUACCGGGUGGGCAAGGGAACUACCAUGGAGGUCCCAGCACGUAUCCAGGCCAUCGCUGAGCGGACAGCCACCGAGCAGGCGCUGGUUCACUUCAUUGUCAAGGAGCGCGGGACCGAGGAACAACUACUGGCAAUCAUCAGUGACAAGGAACCCUCCAAGUGGCUGAUGGGUUUCCAAGGGAAGUCGCCUUACAAAGUCCCAGUGUACCUUGACAAUGACGCCCAGCAGGACAGGUUGAUCAAGUACCUUGAAACUGUCCUGAACAGUAUAUCCUCUCCAGUUGUCAUCAGGAAUCAUAUACUGUUCAUUCUAGAGGUGCUGCUCCCAGAGGUGAGACUCAUAUCACACACUGAUGCAAUCAGACUGGAUGAAGUGCAAGACAUAGGCUAUAAGGACCUUAAUUACUUUUCCCAUACAAGGCUAUCAUCGGUGCACUUUCUGCUCUUGGGAAGAUGACCCUGCAGAAGGCGGCGGAGCAGUUCUAAAACUAAUAACUGGUUGGAACAAAAACCACGACGCAGACAGUCCUCCAGGACCGGAAUCAUUCUUGGGAAACACAUUACAGUGGCAUAUUUAAUGUCACCUCUGUCAUCAAACAAAACUAGUAGUACUGCAUGUACUAGGCUGUAAUGACGAAUAAUUUCUGUUUCGAUGGCUUGUAGACUAUGCUUAACAUGUUAGGGGAUUACUUAUUCUUCUACGACAGCGGUUGAACAUACACAAGUUUAUACAUGCUAUGGCUUGUAAACAGACUGUGCUGCAUGCGAUCUAGCAAGAAACAUAUAUAGAUAGCCAGCGAGACACCCCGAUAUAGUUAACUAGCAAGCUAGCUGGAAGAGCUUCUCUUAUAGAAAUAGCUUCCAUUCCUAGCUAGCCAGCUAGCUAGCGAUCUCAAACUGUCUCGCAAGCUAUCCAUUUCUCUUGCGAGCUAGCUGGUGAUCUGUGAAUCUCGCAAUAGAGAGAGAGACAGGCGAUGGCUAGCUAGCUAAUAAAACAUUUUUGUAUGCGUCUACGGCAAAUACAAACAAAAGUAACCAUUCACAUUUUGACAGAGAGAUCAGACCAUAGACCAUAGACUGUAGAUCAGUCUGUAGAUGGGCUUUUCCGCACCGGACUGUCAAUCACAUUGUAAAAAUCUCAAGACCGCUUAACUCUAUGGUUUUGGCUCAAAUCGAACAUGCCGCCCGCAUUGAGCUUCAAAACGUGUUUUACAGACCCACGGAGCGCCAAUGGGUGACGUCACAGUAGCGUUGUCCAUAUUUUUUUUUACAGUCUCUGAUCAGUCCAAGCGGCGCAACGUAACGGCUACACGUAACACGUAAGGAAACGUAACCCCGGAAGUGAAUAGGGGGAAAGAAAUUUGGCCUGACAGUAAAUUAGACGUCUUUUCUCCGCUGGUUAGCUUCGCAUGUCUGGCUAAAGUUAACUUCGAUACGUAGUUCUUCAUACUAUUAGACUGCUGAUGCCCACAUUUCUUCCCCCUUCCAAAUUUUAGUUUGGCCUGAGAAGUCCCCUGCCUGCAGGCAGACCCUUCUCCCGGAAAUACCACACCUUCAAAAUGGCGAAUAGGAAAGCAGUGCAUUUAUUGAUGCGCAAUGACAAAAUUACCGAAAACUAUGAACGCUAAAAAAAAAAAAGCGAUAACGGUGAUUUUUUCAUUGGAUGGGCAGAUAAUUCCUUUUAGUUAGUUUUGGCAGGGAUAGGCAUCAGCAGUCUAAUACCAGCGGAGAAAAGACGAUUAUAUGAAUAAUAGCAUAACUGUAGGUGUCUUCAGACUUUUGGUCCCCAUGCACUGUAUGUUGCCGCUUAGUUUUUAAAUAAAAACUACUUCAGAUUUUUGGAGUGCUCUGCACAUGUAUUAUGCAUAAAGUGAUUCAUUUAUUUUGUGUACGCGCAUAGCCGGAUUCCCAGCCGGAAAUGAGAUGUGCAAGUUUUUGGGUCCUUUUGGCUUCCCUCCCCUAGCCCAGCUGGCAGCAUCUCCAGGCUACUCUGGCUGCAUGUUUGUGAACAUCGGCCGUUCCCUCACUCUCCCCUGCCGUGGAGCCCCCAGCAGGGAUGUGGAGUGGUGCUUUCAGCAGAAUGAGUAUCCUGACUGGCUGGAUGUGGCUGACCUCUACACCGGAUCCUUUUUCUCUGGAAACGGCUUCAAGGGACGGGUGGAAUCCUUCCACUUAAAAAAUCCGGGAAACUACAGCCUCACCCUCAGGCCUGUGGUGUACAGUGACCUCGGCAUUUACAAAUGCCAGUACAGGGAUGAGACUGAGAUUGUUCUUUCAGAUGUGAAACUAGAAAUUAGAGUCCCAUCAAAUGUUUCCGUAGCGAUGGGAAUGUCCGCCAGUCUUCCUUGUUUUGGGAAAAUUAAUAUACAAGCACGUGUUGUUGAUCUGGAUUUCCUCUGGAAGAGAGGUGGAGAGAACGUUUACCAGCUCCUUAAGAACACCACCACAUAUGGGCCCAGGUUUGAGAACAGAGCUUCAGUUUCCCCAGAACAAGCCGUCUAUGGAAACAUGUCUUUAACCAUCAGACAGACACGGUUUUCAGAUGAAGGCGACUACCAGUGCUUCUACAACAGUCCGAAAGAGAGGGGGAAUCCAGAUUCUGCCAGUCUGGUUGUGACAGGCCACCCACCCCAGAACCUCACAGUGAAGGCCGGUGGUUUGCUCUCCAUACCGCUCUAUGCCGCAGACCCAGUGAGGGUAACAUUCAGUGCAGGCCUUGGUUCAGAUGAGGUGCUGAUGCUCGAUGCAAAUAAAGGCCCAGCCAGGUAUGGGGAGCGUUGUGCUCAGAGAUGUGAGCUUCUGGCCCACGACUACACCCUUUUGCUGAGGAGUGUGACACUGGAGGAUGCCGGAGUCUACAAGGUGACCGAUCCUGAGACCAACAGGACCAUCGGCUCUGUCUCUCUGGAAGUCUCAGGACUCUCUGCUGGAGAAGUGGCUGGGAUAGUGGUGGGAGUGUUGGUGUUGCUGCUGAUUCUGGCUGGCAGUGCCUUUGCAGUCUGGUGGUUCUUCAUAAAAAACACAGAAAACUCUCGAAAUUUAGAUUGUUUCCAUGCAGCCAGAACAGGACAACGUGAACAAUGUGGACAACGUGAACAACGUGAACUACUUGGACAACGUGGACAACGUGGACAACGUGAACAAAGCCAGCCAGCCACCCCCAGAAGCAGCCAGCCAGCCAGCCAGCCAGCCACCCCCAGAAGCAGCCAGCCAGCCAGCCAGCCAGCCACCCCCAGAAGCAGCCAGCCAGCCAGCCACCUCCAGCAGCAGGCAGCCAGCCAGCCAGCCAGCCACCCCCAGAAGCAGCCAGCCAGCCAGCCACCCCCAGCAGCCAGCCAGCCAGCCAGCCACCCCCAGCAGCAGCCCAGCCAGCCAGCCCAGCCACCCCCAGCAGCAGCCAGCCAGCCAGCCAGCCACCCCCAGCUGCAGCCAGCCAGCCAGCCAGCCACCCCCAGCAGCAGCCAGCCAGCCAGCCAGCCACCCCCAGCAGCAGCAGCCAGCCAGCCAGCCAGCCAGCCACCCCCAGAAGCAGUCAGCCAGCCAGCCAGCCACCGCCAGCCAGCCAGCCAGCCACCACCCCAGCAGCCAGCCCAGCCAGCCAGCCACCCCCAGAAGCAGCCAGCCAGCCAGCCAGCCACCCCCAGCAGCAGCCAGCCAGCCAGCCACCCCCAGAAGCAGCCAGCCAGCCAGCCAGCCAGCCACCCCCAGCAGCCAGCCAGCCACCUCCAGCAGCAGCCAGCCAGCCAGCCAGCCACCCCCAGCAGCAGCCAGCCAGCCAGCCAGCCACCCCCAGAAGCAGCCAGCCAGCUAGCCAGCCAGCCACCCCCAGCAGCCAGAAGUAGCCAGCCAGCCAGCCAGCCAGCCACCCCCAGCAGCAGCCAGCCAGCCAGCCACCCCCAGAAGCAGCCAGCCAGCCAGCCAGCCAGCCACCCCCAGAAGCAGCCAGCCAGCCAGCCACCCCCAGCAGCCAGCCAGCCAGCCAGCCAGCCAAACCCUAUUGCCAAGUAAAAGUGCUAGAAGACGAAUAUUUUUACAGUGACCCUUAUGUAAACUGAAUAUAAAUGGAAAAUUACAGGAGGCUAUAAAUCCUGUAACUUGUAUGCUUAAAGAAACAUUACAGAAUAAAGACUAAUAUUUGUUUAAGGGAAAAUUGGGGUAACAUUCCACAAUAACGUUAUCAUCUAAAGAACAGAAAAUCAUUGUGGUGCCAAGAAGGUCAGGCCGACCCAAGAGCAGGAAAUUAAAAUCACUGUGGUGCCAAGAAGGACAGAUGGCUGGUAUUUUAGAAAUGUGUUAAGGGGAGUUGUGGGGUACAUUUGUGUAUAAAAUGAAUAUGAAACUCACAAUCGAGGUUCAAUUCUGCAGAGUUCAUCCGGCUUUGUGCACCUGUGCAAAUAAAGUCUAACUUUUCUGAAGAGCUUGCUUCUGUGGUGUCUUUUCCCUCGUGAAGUAGUUUUCUGCAAAUUAAUCAUUGGACUUUGAAUUCUGUCGGUUCCUAGACACGACAGCAGCAGGCCCUUUAUGAGUGCUGCAGCCAUCUUUGCCAACCCGACCUCCCAUAGGGAAAAGAAAAAAGGUGCAACAUGUAGAAAUGUCCUCAUUUGAGGAUAGAAUUGUACGUGCUCUAGAGGAGGCCACCCCCCUCCCAAAAGCUUUGGAUGAGGAUGAGCUCUGCUUUCAAAGUAUCCUACGUGAGUUCCGGAAGCUCUCCCUCCAAGAAGCCAAAGCUGAAAUUUUUAAUUCACAAGCUUAUAUUUGAGGCAGGAGGGGGAGAAAAUGAAUAAUUUGCCUGACAAAAAAGAGCCGUUCCACGCUGUUUUUGGUAACUUUUUUAAUAAAAAAAUAAUUCUUUGUUUAAA